CGGAUACGUACCGUGGACUAUUAUACGGAAAGGCUCACUAUUGUCCGUAGGAUGCAAAGCCACUAUUGAUCUCAGUCUGCCUAUUGCUCCUGCACCCUCCCUCUCCCCCUCGCUCCCCAUCACAGACACACACAUACACUCACUCACGCUUCCUACCUCCCAUCAGCAUCCCUGGGCUUUCUUGGACUGCAGCAGAGAAACCGCUGCAUCGAAGAAGACAAGAGGAGAAAAAAAAUAGAAAAAAGAAAAAAGAAAGAAAGAAUUAAUCUAGGCUCGUUGCUCACUACCUCCGUGGCCGUGUAGAGACGCAAAGGAACGGACACUUCAGAGUCUUCGAGUUCGGUUCGAUGCACUAGAAAUUGUAAGCAUUUAUUCAUUUGUCUCACUGAAUAUCAGCAACUAUAAGUUCAUCUCCUCCAUCACCCACGCUUUAGUCUGGAUAACUGUCAUUAAAUGCAACGGUUUCCUCUCCUGAGUGGUUACUGGACUUUGAAUCUUCCCAGUCUGAGAUCAACUGUCUUCUCUUCAGCACUGUCUAGUUACUGCAAUCCAAUGGAAUUAGACACCAUUACUUAAUUGCUAGUCUUCUGGCAGUUGGGUGGUAUUUCAGGGGUAAUAAAUUAGCAUAAAUCUUGCUAAUUUAGGAAUAGAAGAUAGAAAAACAACUAAGUAGCUUAUAUUUAUUGCAUCUGGUGGAAUAAAAGUGGACUAAAGCUGAAUUUAGUGCUUGUUACCCUCGUGCCAAGAUGGAGGAAACGCAUAACAACAGGACUUCCUUGGUCAGAGGUGCCAAGGACAUCGCUAAGGAAGCCAAAAGGCAAGCUGCCAAAAAUUUCAGCAAAGCUGUUGAUCGAGCCUCUGAUGAAUACUCAGCCCAGCGCAGCUACAAUCGUUUCCAAAAUGAGGAUGAAGAAGAGAACAACUACGACAGUUAUACUCAACAAGAUGGUCUUUAUGCCGACAAUGCAACCAAUGAAGAGGACGGGGCCUCUAGUGAUGCCACGGAGGGUCACGAUGAUGAAGAUGAGAUCUAUGAGGGGGAGUACCAAGGAGUGCCUGGAUACAAUGAUGGGAAGCCACGGGAUGGUCAGGUGGCUCUGGGCCAGCCAGUGUCUGACAGCCUAAAGAGCCACAAGGAACUAGAAAAUGAGAGACAAGCAGAUGAGGAAGAGCUCGCCCAGCAGUACGAGUUGAUCAUGCAGGAGUGUGGCCAUGGGAGAUUCCAGUGGCAGCUGUUCUUUGUUCUAGGUCUGGCACUCAUGUCAGAUGGAGUGGAGGUGUUUGUAGUGGGCUUUGUCCUGCCCAGCGCUGAGACAGACAUGUGUGUUCCCAACUCUGGUGCUGGAUGGCUUGGCAGCAUUGUGUAUCUGGGGAUGAUGUUUGGAGCCUUUUUCUGGGGUGGCCUCUCAGACAAAGUGGGCCGCAGACAGUGCCUGCUUAUAUCCAUGUCAGUCAACGGCUUCUUUGCCUUCCUUUCCUCCUUUGUCCAGGGCUACAGUAUGUUCCUCUUCUGCCGCAUGGUGUCUGGCUUCGGGAUCGGUGGAGCAGUACCGAUAGUAUUCUCAUACUUUGCGGAGGUGUUGGCUCGCGAGAAGAGAGGAGAGCAUCUGAGCUGGCUGUGCAUGUUCUGGAUGAUUGGAGGAAUUUAUGCCUCAGCCAUGGCCUGGGCUAUCAUCCCACACUAUGGCUGGAGUUUCAGCAUGGGAUCAGCCUACCAGUUCCACAGCUGGCGAGUGUUUGUGGUGGUGUGUGCGCUGCCCUGUGUCUCUGCUGUGGUAGCUCUCACUUUUAUGCCUGAAAGCCCCCGUUUCUACCUGGAGAUGGGUAAACAUGACGAGGCCUGGAUGGUGCUCAAACACAUCCAUGACACGAACAUGCGUGCCCGCGGAGAGCCAGAGAGAGUCUUCACUGUGAACAGGAUAAAAAUCCCCAAACAGCUGGAUGAGCUGGUAGAGAUGCAGAAUGAGUCAGCCAACCCUGUACUCAAGGUCCUCUUCAAGAUCAGGGCUGAACUUAGAGGAAUCUGGUUGACAUUCAUGAAAUGUUUCAACCACCCAGUGAAAGAAAACACUAUGAAGCUGGCUGCAGUCUGGUUUACUUUGUCCUUUGGGUACUACGGGCUGUCUGUGUGGUUCCCAGAUGUCAUCAAGCACCUUCAAGCUGACGAGUACGCCUCCAGAGUGAAGAUUCAUAACAAUGAACGCAUUGAAGACUUCACUUUCAAUUUCACCCUGGAGAACCAGAUCCACAGAAAUGGGGUCUUUGUAAAUGACAGGUUCAUCAGUAUGAGGUUUAAGGCAGUCACGUUCAUCGACUCAUCUUUUCUCAACUGCUACUUUGAAGAUGUCUCCUCAGUAGGAUCCUUUUUCAGGAACUGUACCUUUGUAGACUCCUUCUUUUACAACACAGAUAUUGAUGACACCAAGCUGACAAAUUCAAGGGUGAUCAACAGCUCUUUUCACCACAACAAGACAGGCUGUCAGAUGACAUUUGAUGACGAUUACAGUGCCUACUGGGUCUAUUUUGUCAACUUCCUGGGAACGUUGGCUGUGCUUCCUGGAAACAUUGUCUCUGCUCUCCUCAUGGACAAAAUAGGACGCCUAAGCAUGUUAGGAGGUUCCAUGGUGCUAUCAGGCAUCAGCUGCUUCUUCCUUUGGUUUGGCACCAGCGAGUCAAUGAUGAUCUUCAUGCUCUGCCUCUACAACGGCCUCAGUAUCUCCGCCUGGAACUCCCUGGAUGUGGUCACCACUGAACUGUACCCAACAGACAGGAGGGGCACAGGAUUUGGCUUCUGUAAUGCUAUGUGUAAGCUGGCAGCGGUGCUGGGCAACCUGAUCUUUGGCUCUCUGGUUGGCAUCACCAAGGCCAUUCCCAUUCUGCUGGCAUCAUCCGUGUUGGUUGGCGGCGGGCUAGUGGGGCUCCGACUGCCAGACACACGUGCCAAUGUCCUCAUGUAAACCUCAGCACAGAACAGUAUGUUGUUUACCAGGUAUUUUCUCAGUUUACUGAAUAGCAACAUAUUUACAGAACGUGAUUUGUUAAAAUAUUUUUGAAAUGCGCUUUGCAGUUUGUUUUUUAUUUACCUUUUUUCCAUACAAUAUGCGGAAUAUGUUCACAAACUCAGAUUCAUGAUGAGUUUUAUUAUUCUGUUAUUUCUGAGAGAAAUACCUGGUAAAUUAGGAUAAUGAAAUGCAGUUUUGCAGAGCAGUAGGUGUACAGAGGAGCUUCUUUUAGAAUAUCAAAUGUUAUGCCAGUGGCUUUUUACCAGAGCUAUUGGCAUUCUUGCUGGAAUUUGGAGGAAAAAAAAAGCUUUUCAGAAGCAAGCUAAAUUUAUCAGCGGUGAUUAAAGUCUUUAUAACAGCAGCUCACUGUAGCUCAGCACUACAGUGGGCAGUUUCACACAUGCAGCCCACAAAUGCAUGUGCCAAAGCUGCAAAAGGCUUGGGCUUCUAGCAACCUUCUCCUUCCGAGUUCCAAUCAGUUGUAUGCUGAUUAAAGGAAAUGUGUGACGUUUUUGUUUACAUGUGCAUUUGAAGCCACCAGCAGCAGCUCAGGUUUGCCAACUGUCAAGCUUUUGGCAUGAGACACUUGCUUUGAGGCUCUACCUUGUGUGGCUCAUGCUGGUCAAUAAUUUGCUUGCCCUUAGUCAGCAAAAGGACACACAGUCCAAAAUAACUGAAGACCUUUCAUGCACAAUGACUGCACAAAAUGCUGAGCACAGGAGUUCAGUUUAUUGCUUGCAGCUGUUUAUAGGAAUCUUCCCAGUGACUUUUUGCUUAAAUUUGUAAAUGUUAUAUAGCCGAAGGAUCCAUAUGAGCAUCUCCAAAAGAGUUAAAGAAAAGAGUUAAAAACAUUCAUGAACAUGACACACAAGUGAUAAAGAUCUGUCAGCACAUUAUGCUCUACUUUUUUCCAGACAGGUAAUGUCACACACAGUCACAGUUUUCAUGCUGUAGUUUAAUUACUUGUUUAGCCUUCUCUGUUAUAGCCAUUAGGACAUUUUUAAUUUACUGUGUGUACAAGUCUCAUCUGUUUUCCAAAGUUUUUAUUUUUAUUCGUUUAUUUAUUGUAGAUAUUGUCCACAGUUGCUUUCUGUAGCAGUCAUCUUUUUCAUGUAUCAAUGAGUGACUGUAACUACGUAUAGGAGCAGUUACCCUCUUGUAAAGGGUUGGGCAAUUAAUUUUCGAAAGGGGCCAAAUUAGAAAUUGAGACUGUUGCGGAUGUCUGCCCAAUGAGUUUAUAAAGAUUUAAAAUUAAAUUGUGAACAUAACUGAGUUCAGCUUAUUUGUGUAAGCCUCCAAAAUAGUCCCCAUUUAUUUAUUGCCCCCUUGGGACAAUUAUUUGCUCAUAUCUCAUGCUAUAGUCAUUACAGUAACUAUGACCAGUAACAAUGAAAACACUUUUAAUGGUAUAAGGUACAGUUAUCAUUGGACAUGGUUAGGAUCUUCAGUGUUCAUUAUAAAAUCAUUAAAUAUCAUAAAUAAACCUAAAGCAAAUUUGUGAUCAACAUAUAGCACCAGGAUGGGGAAGGAGGUAUUGUUUUGAGUCAAAACUUGAAAGUUGGCAAUGUUGGCUUGCUUAAAAAGAAAUUAUUUAUUAAGUAUUUAUAAUUAGACAGGCUGUUUUAUUAUUUAUUUAUUAAUUUCUGUCUUAUUUAUUGCUUUACCAAUGUGCUUUUCUGUUUUUUGGGUGGUGAUUUAUUGUGUUUGAACUUUGCUCCUACAAUUUUCACUCCAUUGAUAAAAUAGGUUGAUGAUACUUAAGCCUUUUGCUGCAUUUUGCAAAAAUGACAAGGCCAUAAAAAUCAAUGAUAUACAUAGUAGUUUAGUCCAAACUGGCAACUUCAGCAGCUACAUUUCUAAAGUGAAAAGAAGUUUACAUUUUCUGCUUUUUACAGUAAGAGACUUUUUUGGGCCUGGAAUCCUUUUGUCUGAAUGCUUCCUCUUUGCAUCUCUCAUGUUGGUAUUGCUUAGUUCACCAUGAAGGGCUUUGCUCUUUCUUUUAAUUUCAUCUGCCAAAAACAAUUUAUACUGUAGGAAACUUCUGUUGGUAUCAAAUUAUGUUUUGAGUCUUUUUCCCCCUCUCUAUCUGUCUCAUUGUCCUGGUUUCUUCAUAGUGUCACUUGGUCUGUCUUGUCACUCUGUUCCUGCCUUGCUGCUGCUCCGUCUGAAACUCAAAGGCCUUUCUCAGAUGUUGUGCCUCUCUUACCGUCAAGCCCACCUCUCCUUCCAAACCUUGCUGGAAGCUUUGCUGCUCUAUCUUGCUUUUUUCAUUCCUAUCUCUUGAUACUGCAGUGAACACACCUGUGUGUGUGUGUAUUUCUCUCUCUCUCUGUAUGUACAGCUGUGAUCAGAAGGUUGCAUACACUCGUCAUGGCCACGAAUAUCAUGGUGAAUUUGGGCUUUUAAUGAUUUCUUUGAAUGGUUCUUUUUUCAGGGUGGAAUGAUUGUACCGCACAUAUCUUCAUUUAUUUUAAAAAUAAGAAUUGGCUACACGAGGUGAAUUUAUUUUAUUGUCAAAUCCACACAGAUUUAUUUACACCCCUGAAAUUGGUUAAAUGACUGUUAACAAUUUGUAUCUCAAUAAACCACUUUAGUAACCAUCAACAAGCUUCUGGCAUAAUUCUAGUUGGACAUUUGACCACUGUUCUUAGCAGAAGUGUCAGGGUUCAUCUAAACUGGUUAGUUGGGAAGACUAUUUCAGAAGAAUAGUGUUAGCAAGCUUAUACUGUUCCAAAACCAGAUUUGAUGUGUGUUUGGGGUCAUUAUGUUGUUGGAACACGUAGUUGUGCCCCAGUUUUAACCACCUAGAUAUUGAUCUCAGCUGUAGUUGAAGAAUUUUGAGGUAAUCUCUCUUUUUUAUUAUUUCAUCCACUGCUCACUCUAUCAGUACACUGGCAGUAAAACCACCCCUGAGGAUUAUGAUGCCACCACCAUGCUUGCCAUUUGGUACAGUGUUCUUGGGUUUGAAAGCCUUGUGUUUACUGCUCCAAACAUACCUCUUGUCAUUGUGGCAAAACAGCUCAGUCUUUGUCUCAUCUGACCAUAAAAAUUUCAAGCUUGAAGGUGUCAGUUUUGGUUCAGGGGUUUUCUUUCUUGGUCCACAACCUCUCAGGCCAUGGUGAUAUAAAACUGGCUUCAAUGUGGACAGUGAUGCAAGUGUUCCAGCAGUUUUGGGUUGAUUUCAGACUUCCUGCACAUUCUAACUUAUUUCUUAACCACAGAAGCUUGUUCGUGGCUAACAAAGGCCUCUAGUUGAGGUAUAACUUGCUAAAAAACGUUUAACCAAAUAUCCAAAACAAAUUCAAACUUGUGCACACAAUUUUUGUGUUUUAAAGGCCUAAAGAAUUGUAUGCUGUACAAUUAUUACAUCCUGGUAAAACAAAGACAGUUCAGAGAACUCUUUAAAAGCCCAACAGAUGACACUGAUGCCUGUGAUGACUAUAUAGAACUUUUUGACUACGACUGUAAGUUUAUUGCAUGUAUAUCUAGACUAACAUAUGUAGACAGAUAUUUUUUUCUAUUUUUUUUCUUAAACCAAGGAACUGAGGUUUUUACAUUUUGAUUUAUAUCAUGAAUUGAAACUAAAAGCCAUGUGUAAAAGGCCAAGUCACUCAAAUUCUAAAAAAAAGAAGAAAACAAAACAAAAAAAAACAAAAAAAUGGUAAGAUUGCAAAUUCAAUUUGUUUCUGAUGCUCACUUAUUUAAGAUUUUAAAGGCUCAUAAGCCUUUGCAGCCUUGCACUAUCAUGCUGGCUAAGCUAGCAUGUGCGUUUCCUGUGCUAGCAUAAAUAUUUUGUAGUGCAGUGCAGACAAGUGCAGUCAAGGGUGGUGUCUUUUGGAGGUGAAUGUCAUAAAAGACAAAAAUAACCAUCUAGCUAAUUAAAGAUAUGGAGAAAAAUAAAUGAACUGCUACUUAAUAAGUAGGAUAUAUCCUCUGGGGAACAUGAACAAUGAGAUAUUUCAGUCUGGACCAAAGAAAUCACUUUGAUCCAAAGUGGACCAACUUUGGGCCUAACUUUGGUUCACCUCUGGUCAUCCCAAAAUCAAGCACUGGGGGGAGUCAACAGUAAAGUUUAUCCUGAAAUGCUAGUUAUUUUUGAAUAAUCCAUGGAAGUCGGAUUCAACAGUAUUUCUUUCCUAAUUUGCAAAGGAAACACAUGUUAUAUAUUUGGAAAUAUUUACAAAUCACACUUUCCAGCACUGUGAGCACCACAGACAAAACUACAGUGACCUCAGAAAGGGAUAUCUAAUAAUAAAAAAAAAAGUUAUUUGUAGAACAUUAUUUUUUGUGACUUAUAUGCUUGAACAACCUCCUGCUUCAGUGCUAAUGAGUUGAUGUUAACACACAUUAGGUCAUUUGUAAAACAUAAACUUGUAGUUUGUUCUGCAUUAGUUCCAUCAUACAAAAAAUCAUUGGAAUUUCAUAAUUUUUGUCAGCUUUGGUGAUACUGUUAUUGAAUGUUAUAUUAUGUUUCUCACAUAUAUCUUAGUUUUGAUGGUAAAGGACCUAUUAUUGACCAAUUAUUUCCUUUUUCUACCAAUAUAAAUGGACUGCAGCUGUUUCAAGAUAUGAAUCUGCUUUCCUGUGUUUGAUGCUUUAUCUCUGUCUGUCCUCGGCCUUGCCUUGUGGCUUCUCCUUCGCUCUUCCACUUGUGCUGAACAAACUUGUUAUACUGUACAUCACAGUUUCCAGACUGAAAUCCUGCAUGUUUGUUAAGUCCCUCUGUUUUGUGUGCUAUAUGCCAUUUUGGUGUCUUUGCUGUUCCUCUGUGGAGGUUAACAGAUGUGAUUCCCGGGUUAAAGGUGAAUGUAUCAUUCUCGUGUGUUGUCAGGUUUGUUGUGGACAGGUGUUCCUUAAACUGAAUUGUUCUUCUGCGUCAUUGUGAAGGGGCAUGCUAGUGAUGAGAUGACUGUAUUUACUACAAACUGACCUCCAGCAGGGGUUGUCAGAUCUGUUUUUCGGGUGAUUUCCAGUUAGAUUAGUCAUUAUUGUCACUGGAGCAGGAAUUAAAGUGCCACCAUUGAGACUUUCAGAUUUGAAAAGCUCUGCUGUCAAACUACAUGUGCAGGUGUGUGUGUAAAGAUAAAAAUCUGACCUUGACAUGAUUUAUUUUGAUAAGGCUGAUAAAAAGCUCUACUGAAUGCAGUGUAAAGGUGGAUUCCUCUGGUAUCUACAUAUUGAAUAAAGAGUUUCAUUUGAGCAGCUGUUGAACUUUCAUUUUUACCAACAGAUGGUGCCAUUCAUACUA